GGCAUCCCCCUUUGUUCGUUCGUCCGUUCGUUCAUCGCACGAUGGAAGGGCAACAUCAAUCAGCUGAUUAAUUGAGUGCGUGUGAUUGAUCAAUCAAUCAAUGCUGUCGUCGAAUGACUCUCAGUGGAAGAUUGGCAAGGCUCUGGCGCAUCCCACCGGUGAGUGAACGAACAGGGCGGGGAGGGUGGAAGGAAGCGCACCUUUGAUGUGAUGCACUCAUUCAUGCGUUCUUCCCGCUGCCGGUGCGAUGCCUGCUUAACUGUCUGUCUUAUGGUCCUGCCUACCUGUCUGCUUGACUCAGACAAGAAGGCCCGUCAGAAAGGUCAACUCAACGAAACACCACGAGUCGUGCAUGACGUUGCCAUGCACGGCGUACGUGUGUGUAUGUCUGUGUGGGUGUGCGUCUUGCUUUGAUUGACGGUUGGUUAUUCUCAGCCUUGAAGCUGCUUCAGAAGUGGCUGCGUCGGCGGGCCGAGAGCGACCAUUCCAUCUCGCUCAGAGACGCCCUCCUCGUGUGGAAGGCCCUCUUCUACGGUCAGUCGGCACAUAUGCCACAUGGAGAUAGAGACGCGCCUGACUGCCUGGCCGCUUGCUUGGUUGCGUGUGUGCAGCGUUUUGGUUGAGCGACAAGCGUCCCGUGCAGACGCAGCUGGCGUCCCAGCUGUCGGCGCUGCAGCAUGUGUUGGCCGCCGCACCGGAGGCCUGGCUGGCCUGGGUGGGCGCAUUCUACCAGAUCCUUCUCACCGAGUGGACCGAAAUCGACAGAUUCAGGUAGGCAGGCACACCGACGGAGGGACGCCGAAAGAGGGAUUGAUGCAUUGAUUGAUGCAUUGAUUGAUGUCUUGUGUGUUGUGUGUUGUGUGUUUCAAGGCUUGAGAAGUACCUGAUGCUGGUGCGCAUGUUUGUGUAUGAGACCCUCCGAUACCUGCAGAAUCGAAAGUGGGACGCGCAGGUGCGAUCCGUCAGACAGACAGACAGACAGGCAGGCAGACGCCCAUCAGUGUCGCUUGGUUUGUGUGCGUGUGAUGAAUUGGCUGAUUGAUGGACACAGCUGGUGCGUCAGUUGAACGACGUCUACGUGCGGAGGGGCCCGUUCGCCUUUCUCAGUCUGCACACCAACGACGUCAGCCGCGAGACGGCCACACAAGAAGAGGGCGCGAAGGUCCCCAAGACGCCCACACGAGCGGGUACGAUCGAUGCACACCGCGCCACACCACACCCACACACGUGCAGGCCAUCCAGGUUUCCAUCUCUACAGGAUAGGAAAAGUGUGUGUGUGUCCGUCUGUGGAAUCAGGUUUUGGGUGUCUGUUGCAGCUGACCGACGUGCUGAUGGACGAGUGGGAUCGCUGCACUCAGGGACAGCACGAGAAAGACCCCGACAGCGGUGGUGCGGCGGAAGCGCUGGCCAUCAUGCUCCAGCCUUUUGUCAAGGCACGCUUUGACGCACGAGACGAGACACACCCCCUUCGUCCACUCUGUCUGUCUACAAUACAUCCACUCAUGUGUUCAGGUGCUGUGUGUGAGCACACACGAGGGCGUCCUGGACCGCAUAUGUGUCAAGGUCAUGGCUCGGCUGCCCGCGAUGGCCCCGCAGCUCACCCAGCUGGGGCAGCAGAUGUUCCAGAAGGCGGCCAACAAGUACGCACAUCACGCACACCCCCUCAAGUGGCAACGGGUGUGAGUGUCGGUCUGGGUGUUGCAGGAACACAGGUGUGCUGCAUCGGCAGUACCUGUACAAGGCCGUGGACGCGAUCGAGCAAAGUGAGAACACACACAAACAAACACACACACACACACAUGCAUACGUCCAUCCAUCUGGCUUUCUCUGUCUGUCUGUCUGUCUGUCGAUCUGUCCGCCUGCAGUUCUCCGUGAUGCCGGCGAGUCGAUCGACCUCCGCCUCCCCCCACCACACACACAGCAGAAACACACGCCACCCUCCCCCGCAACCAAAACCACAACACCGUCCCCCACUGUGCAAGUGCCCAACCUCUUGAAGAAGCUGCGCCUGCUCAAGGCCAUGCAGGAGGGACACCACCACCACCACCAGCAACAACAACAACAGCAGCAGAAUGGCGUGAAGCGGAAAAGCGUAUCGACGGAUGGCGUGCACCAAGCACCAGCACCAGCAGUGGCAGCAGCAGCAGCGGCAGCGGCAGCACCAGUGGAUGAUGAGUUACCGAAUGGAGUCGUUGCCAAGAAGGCCAGGAAGGAGCGUGCGAGUGACAGCGACGAAGGAGACCGGCAGCACCAGCCAUCCAAGAGCCGACUGAAUGACGCCGACACCCGGCAGCAUCAGCAGGAGCAAGAGCAGCAGGAGGUGGUGGGUGGCAAGAGGGUUCGCAAGGGCGCGCCGUUCAAGCAGACCGGGCAGCCGGGCACCCCCCCUCCCCCCACCAGCAGCCGCAGAGUCAAGUUUGAUCUCACCCAGAACCAAAAGACAUGUCUGUAACCAAACACACACACACACACACACAGAGGAAGGCCUGCGAGCCCACAUGUGUCCUUCUGUCUGUCUGUCUGUCUGUGAAUCGGUUCAGAUUUCAACAACCGCAUGCCCGUGACAACGAUCGAAAGGCCCCCCGGCGGCGGCUCCCCGCCACAUGCAGCCAACCACGCCACCGCGGUGGCUGAUGGACCCGAACCCGCCCCAGCCGCCAUUACCGUCCCUACCACCAGCAGCGGCUAUAGCGUGUCUCGUGUGCAUCGCACUGGGACGCCCCUCAAGUCCAUUCUGAAAAAACGGGGAGGGGGCGGUGGGGCGGCGGCAGCCAGUGGGGGCAGGAAGGGCAAGCUCAGGCUCACGACGCACUAACAGGCGGGCUGGGUGUGUUGAGAAGUGCCGAGUGGGUGGAUGGAUGGAUCGUCGAUGGCCGGCUGUGCGUGUGAAGUGCAGUGGAGUGAGCGGUUGACUGCGGCAGGCAGACAGACAGACCGACAGAUGACGAAUAGUCGAAUGGAUGUUUCUCCUGAGUGAGUGACUGGUUCGUUCGUUGACGACAUGAAACGAAUGACACCGAGUGUCGUCGAUUGUGGAGUCAACCCACCAGCC